CUACGUCCCCUUGUCACGCCAUCGCUGGAGGCAGAUGUAGGGAACAAACAAGCAGACAAUUGCUACCAUGCCCUACUUGUAGGAGUAUACCCCACAGAUGAGUAGCAUACGUGUGCUCUUGUUGCUGCCCACGUUAUUUACAGAAGAUUAAUCGUCAAUGAGAUAUAUGCUAUAACUGAACCAUCGCUUCUCGUCAAACACAUCCAUUUGCUGACUGUUUCAGACUGACUUGUUGAACAUUUUGACAUGAUUGAAUGGUGGUUGCUCCUCUUUGGGGGGCCGAUACUUGCCCUGGUUAUAAGAUGGAUGGUCAAAGUUCCUUAUAGACCUAAACUGCUCCACACUCCUUAUGCUCGACCAGGACCAUGGCAUUAUUUGAAAAUAAUAUCUGGAAGAAUAUGGUUGGCCUGGAAACUAGUUCGCCAUCCAAGAGUUCUAAAUGUUCUUGAUACAACUUCUAAAAAGUAUGAGAAAGUGGGGCUUGUAGCAACCGAGUUGGAGAAAGUCUGGGAGCUUCCACAUGAGCUUACGAAUAGAGAAUCUGUUGAUGGUCUGUUUUUUAUUGGAACUGAUGGAGCUGAUACUUGCUUAAAAGUUUCUAUUGAACGUCAUACCAAUCGUCAAGCCCAAGUAUCUCUGUUGUUAGCUCUUCCUAAUGGAAUAACAUAUCAGCUACCAGGGUUCCCAGACACGCUAAUAUCUAAUACAGAUGGCAAAAAGUGUUUUAAUGCCGGCGGGAUAAAAUUUCAACUCAUAGAAGCCAUGAGAAAAUGGAGAAUUUUGUUCAAUGGGCUGGCCAAACGAACCUCCAAUGGAGAAGAAACGGAAGUUCAUUUUCGAAUGAAUAUAGUUUGGACGGCAUUCAGUCGCCCUUAUGAGUUCAAACGCGAAUUUAGCCGUAAGUUAUUAGCACAAGGAAUGGCACGUGAGCUUUGGCGAGGAAGGCAAGAAUGGUCGCAAAUGAGUGAGCCCAGUUUAAACGGCAUGGAUCAAUGGGGUGCAAUGGUCGGCACCUAUCAAGAUAACAUCUUGAACACUGAACAACAAAUCUAUCUCCGCAGCCUUCGUCAACGACGUUGGGGACAGAGAAACUCUUCGACACUGCACAGGAAAUUAGAUAUCGUUGGGGCCUGUGAAGAUGGAAAUUAUUUUUACUUAAGUGCCACAUCGGAUUCAUCCCGUCUUACCCAUGAAGUUUGGGGCCAUUUGUACCACCCUAAUGGCUUUCUAUACAAAAUCAACGCGUGCAACCUCGAUUUAGAAAGGCUGGGGGAACAUGGACCUGUCCCUAACCAUUUUUCAAUCCGCUUUGCUGCAAAGCGCCGCAACUAUCAUGCCAUUAUCCAUUUGAUGCCUUCUCAGUAUGAAAAUUUUCUUGGACGUCCAUGGCAUCAUCGUAGCACAACAUAUCCAUGCCACUUGACAUUAAAUUCGCGACAAGGCCGUGUAGUCUUUGUAGCAACAAAUGUUUUUCAUGGAGAUUGUUCGCUAGAGCCAGAAGUAUCAGUACCUUAUUUGAGUGCGCCAAUGCGCCAGCCUUCUUCUACCGAAGUAGAAAAACUAGUGCUAUUGUUUAAUGAAGAAGCUUGUCGCUUCGAUGAUUUGGUGGGAGGAAAAGGAUCAUCGUUGGCCCUCCUUAGUAGUGACAUAAAGAAAAUUCCAGUAGAAUGCAAAGUUCCUGCUGGAUUUUGCGUUACAGUCAAUGCCUGGAAAGCCCAACUGAAGAACAACGAAGAAGUUGCAGCAGUUUUCAAACGAUUGGAAGAUGUAACUACAGGUGUAAUUGAAGGUAAACUGGAGGAAUGUUGUGCUCAAGCCGAAAAACUGGUGUCGUUAGUUCCAGUUGAUUCCCUACUGCAAGAUUGCAUCCGAGAGGCCUUGCAGGAAUUGUUUGGCGAUGAAGCAGAUCAAAAACGUUUCGCCGUUCGGUCGUCGGCCGUUGGUGAAGACGGCGACGUGUUGUCCUCUGCUGGACAAAAUAUCACGGUCCUUGGUUGUCAAGGAUUUGAAUCCAUCAAGAAAGGACUCCAAAAGUGCUGGGCAUCGUUGCUUUCCUAUCAAUCAGUCGAGUACCGCCGACAACACGGAGAGCCACUUAUUCCCGGAAUGGGAGUUGUGAUUCAAGAGAUGGUGGAUGCUGAGGCUGCAGGGGUUCUUUUUACCGUAAACCCCAACGAUGGUGAUCCUGGAAAAAUGAUAUUAACGGCAAACUACGGUCUUGGCGAAUCAGUCGUUUCAGCCUCCGCUGAUCCAGAUACUUUUUACAUAAAACGCACGGCAGCUGGAGAACUUUCCAUCUCCUCUCGAACUGUUGGCUCUAAGCAAUCCAAAAUUAUUCUUUCUGAUGACGGAACGCGUGAAGAAAAAAUAACUGAAGAAGAUGCGGUUGCCUUGUGUUUGCCCGACGACAAAGUUCUGGAAAUCGGGCAACUUGGGGUUUAUUUGGAGAAGGCCUUUGGUGGUCCAAGAGAUUUGGAGUUUGCCGUAUCUCGUGGCGCUUUGUACUUACUACAGGCAAGACCAAUUACUGCUCUCGACGCUUGGACCGAUUUUGAACUUCGUCAUGAAUUCGAUUCGCCUAUACUAACAGAUUCAGAUUAUUUCACAAAAGCCAACACUGGAGAAGUGGCACCCGGAGCAACGUCUCCCCUUACUGUUUCAACAACUAUUCGAAUUCUCGAUCUCAAUUUCCAGACCAUUGUGAAAAAGCAAUUCGGACGUCUUGUUGAUAUCAAUCCAUGGUACGGAGGUCGCUUCUUCUCGUACCAGCAGAACCAUUUGUUCAUCAACGUUAUCGAGGCUUUUCUCCGUGACAUCGAGGAAGAAAUAAGCGACAACAUCCGAGCUAUUGACAUGGCCGUUUUUGGUCAUAUUAUCACUACACCUGCCAUGCAUCGUCUUGGUUUACAGCGCUUUGGAGUUGCCGGAUGGAGAGUGAAAUUCAACAGAUAUAGAACCGUUUUCCAAGAUCUGUUUUUUAAUCACAAGCUUGUCUCUCGGGCUGUGAAAAAAUUCAGCGAUUACUCAUUUCCUACUGAAAAUUAUACCGAUUCGCUCAAACUUUAUGAUGAAAUUUGCGCCCAUCUGCCUUCUUUGGUAGAAAUUGGUCGCAUCCAUACGGAAGUGAGUCGGGCAAGUGCGUUGACUCAACUCAUUGCUUUCAUCAUAUUACUCGAUGGAAGAAAAGAAUGGACUCCAGAGUUGUACGGAGAAAUGGCUGAACUUUUCUCCUCCAUUUCAAACGUUGAAUCUGCUGACGUCCCUGUUGCCUUGAAAGAAUUAGCCAGAGCGAUUGCUGAAAGUGAAGCCGGUAAAGAGUUUAGCAAAAACACAUUGGAAGCGGCAUCAGCAUGGCUCGAAAAAGAUUCCGGACAACCUGGAAAAUUGUUCCGCUCGUUUAUUGCACGCCAUGGCCAUCGCAGUAUCAAAGAAUUCGAUUUCUCCACGGAAACGUGGGGACUGAAUUCGCAUUCUCUAGUGUCCGUACUCCAAUCGAUGGUGGCGAAUCCAGUAAGCUUCGCCGCAAGCUCCCAACCGGCCAAAUCGAAUGACGAUUGGCUCAAAGUAAUUGGACAAAGCAAACCUGGCAAAUACCGCGCCUUGAAAUUCUUUGUUCCACGAAGCCGAAACGCUGUAAUCGCCCGUGAGAAAACCAAAUCGCUGUUGAUCCGCACCAUUCACGUCUUCCGGAUGGCGUACCGAAGACUUGCCCAUCUUUUAGUCCGCGAUGGCAAAAUCCCUGACGCGAAUCUGAUUUUCUUUUUCACGCAUUCGGAACUGCAGGAGCUCAUCCGUUCCAAUGGCGUUGCUUUGAUUAAUAAAGCGAAUAGAAGGCGAAAGCUUUAUCCAGAGCUUGAUGCCCUCGUAUUUCCUGAAAUGUCGCUGGGAAUCCCCAAACCUCUGCAAGAUUCGUCUUCAGAAGAGGUGUCGGUGGCUGAUGGAGUUCAGCUAACUGGAACGCCAGUAUUUAAAGGGACCGUGCGAGCUACUGUCCGUGUUGCAUUGAACCUGGAAGAAGCGAAACAGAUCCAGAACGGGGAUAUUCUGAUUACCCGCAGCACCGACAUUGGAUGGAGUCCGUAUUUCCCAUUGCUAUCUGGAGUGGUGACGGAACUUGGCGGUUUGAUUUCCCAUGGAGCUGUUGUUGCCCGAGAAUAUGGCUUACCUGCCAUUGUUGGUUGUCAGAAAGUUACACAAGUUUUCCGUUCUGGAGAUGUCGUCGUAUUGGACGGGAGUAAAGGAACUAUAACGCGCGUGGAAACAUCGAAUUAAGAGAACAGAAAAUUUCAUCUGGUCAACCAAAAUGUCUACCAAGGGGGUUCAGGGAAUUUUCAAUCCUCAAUUUGCAGUUUGCUUAUUAAUCGGUUAUUAUAGUUGAUAGUAUAUUUCUAGGUACGCCAUUUGGAGGUCUUUCAGAUGGUUUACAAGACUAUUGAUCAGGUUUUUUUCCCUCUAUUAAAGUGGCAUUCUUUUUUUUUUUUAUAAGUUUGUCCGGAAUAACCUACACAUAUUUAGUGAAUAAAAGAUGCAUUGCA